AUGUUGUUGUAUUCACUCAUCGUCAUCGCGGCUGCUCCCUACUUUUGCACAGCAAAUAUCCUGAGGCACAAACAGCGACGGCACCUUUCGGAUCUUCCCUGGAGCCGUCCGACUUGUGAUGUGGCGGAAACGUGUCGAACAAAUACCUACGGAUAUCGUUUCUCCUUCUGUGGAUGUCCGAACGAUUCCGAGUGCCCGGAUGGCGACUUCUCUCAUGUCGUCCAGGGGAUUCGAUACGAUUUCUGCCAGAAACUGGACAUCCCAGUGUGUGAGAAGGGGCAACUCGCCCAUCGAACAGACGGAAUUCAGGUGAAACUGUCGUGCACCUGUCCAGACUACAUGCAUCUGGAACGGAAGGAGCCGAAAAAUGGAAAAUUCAGCGAAUUCACCUGCGAAUCGCUCCCCGUAUGCGCUGAAGAGGAGAUGUGCAGACUAGAAACAUUUAUUGCUUCAAAGACGACUUGUACUUGUCCCGGGGAGAAGGUGUGCGUUGUAGAAAAGGAAAAGCGAAAUACCGGCAUCGGCAGAUGCAAGGACCCUUCGAUU